GCGUGUACGCGCACAUACGGGAACUCUCGUCUCCCUCACCGGCGCAGUUCACGUACGCUAGUCCUUUCUUGCUUGCGCGGCGAGAAGUCACGGCGCGGAUGGACAGGCAGAGUCAAUAAAACAGCCUCGACUAUCUGAAAACUGCCUGCUAGCAAGCCAUAACAAUGCCAGCCUAUUUCCAGAGACCGGAGAACGCUCUUAAGCGAGCAAACGAGUUUCUUGAAGUUGGUAAAAAGCAGCCAGCUUUGGAUGUGCUUUACGAUGUCAUCAAGAGCAAAAAACAUCGAACAUGGCAGAAGAUACACGAGCCUAUCAUGCUCAAAUACUUGGAGCUCUGUGUGGACCUGCGCAAGAGCCACUUGGCAAAGGAGGGACUGUAUCAGUACAAAAACAUCUGUCAACAGGUGAAUAUCAAAUCUCUGGAGGAUGUGGUCCGUGCUUACCUGAAACUUGCAGAAGAGAAGACUGAGACAGCGAAAGAGGAGUCUCAGCAGAUGGUGCUGGACAUUGAGGAUCUGGACAACAUUCAGACCCCAGAAAGUGUUCUGUUGAGUGCCGUCAGUGGUGAAGACACUCAAGACCGCACUGACAGACUUCUGCUCACGCCUUGGGUAAAGUUCUUGUGGGAGUCGUACCGCCAGUGCCUGGACCUGCUAAGGAAUAACUCCAAAGUGGAGCGCCUUUACCAUGACAUUGCUCAGCAAGCGUUUAAGUUUUGCCUGCAGUACACCCGUAAAGCAGAGUUCCGUAAGCUGUGUGACAACCUGCGAAUGCAUCUGGGACAGAUCCAACGACAUCACAACCAGAGCACUGCCAUUAACCUGAACAAUCCCGAGAGCCAGUCCAUGCAUCUCGAGACACGUCUGGUCCAGCUGGACAGCGCUAUUAGCAUGGAGCUGUGGCAGGAAGCAUUCAAAGCAGUUGAAGACAUCCAUGGAUUGUUUGCCCUCUCAAAGAAGCCCCCUAAACCCCAACUUAUGGCCAAUUACUACAAUAAGGUGUCCACUGUAUUCUGGAAGUCUGGCAAUGCCUUAUUCCAUGCCUGCACCCUACACAGACUUUAUCACCUCUCCCGGGAAAUGCGCAAGAACCUUACCCCAGAAGAGAUGCAGAGAAUGUCCACUCGAGUGCUUUUGGCCACUUUGUCUAUUCCCAUCACCCCUGAGCGUACUGAUAUCGCUCGUCUGUUGGACAUGGAUGGCAUCAUUGUAGAGAAACAACGCAGACUGGCUACUUUGCUUGGCCUUCAGUCUCCACCCACCCGCCAGAGUCUCAUCAAUGACAUGGUGAGAUUCAACCUGCUUCAGUAUGUUGUUCCUGAAGUCAAAGAGCUCUACAAUUGGUUGGAGGUGGACUUCCACCCUCUAAAACUUUGUGGAAGAGUGACUAAAGUGCUGAACUGGGUAAGGGACCAAGUUGAGAAAGAAUCAGACCUGCAGCAUUAUGUUCCUCACUUGCAGAACAAUACCAUCCUCAGACUGCUACAACAGGUGGCUCAGAUCUACCAGAGCAUUGAGUUCAGCAGGUUAGCAUCUCUGGUACCAUUUGUCGAUGCUUUCCAACUGGAGCGCUCCAUUGUAGAUGCAGCACGGCACUGUGACCUACAGGUACGCAUUGAUCAUACAUCUCGUACACUGAGUUUUGGCUCCGAUCUGAACUAUUCUACCAAAGAGGAUUCUCCAGUAGGUCCGUUCCUACAGAACAUGCCCUCUGAACAGAUACGGAAUCAACUCACUGCCAUGUCAUCCUCCUUGGCUAAAGCCAUCCAGGUCAUCAAACCGGCAUCCAUACUGCAAGAACAUGAGGAACAGAGUCAGCAGGCCAUCACAUCCUACCUGAAGAAUGCCCGCAAAGAGCAUCAGCGCAUCCUUGCUCGCCGUCAAACGAUUGAGGAACGCAAAGAGCGUCUGGAGAGCCUCAACAUCCAGAGGGAGAAAGAGGAGCUGGAGCAACGGGAGGCAGAGCUUCAGAAAGUGCGCAAAGCCGAGGAAGAGCGUCUUAGACAGGAGGCCAAAGAGCGAGAAAAGGAGCGCAUCAUGCAAGAACACGAGCAAAUCAAAAAGAAGACAGUGCGUGAGCGACUGGAGCAGAUCAAGAAGACUGAGCUGGGAGCCAAGGCCUUUAAAGACAUUGAUAUUGAGGAUCUGGAAGAGCUGGACCCUGACUUCAUCAUGGCCAAACAGGUAGAACAACUAGAAAAAGAGAAGAAAGAACUUCAGGAGCGUCUGAAAAACCAGGAAAAGAAGAUUGACUACUUUGAGAGAGCCAAGCGCCUUGAGGAGAUUCCCCUGAUCAAGAAAGCCUAUGAGGAGCAGCGCAUCAAAGACAUGGAGUUAUGGGAGCUGCAGGAGGAAGAGAGGAUCAGCAAUAUGAAGAUGGAGCGUGAGAAGGCACUGGAACACAAACAGAGAAUGUCAAGGAUGAUGGAGGACAAGGAGAACUUCCUGUCCAAAAUUAAAGCUGCUCGAAGCUUCAUUUAUGAGGAAAAACUCAAGCAGUUCCAAGAACAUUUGGUUGAGGAGAGGAAGAAGCGUCUUGAGGAGCGAAAGAAGCAGCGUAAGGAGGACAGACGAAAUGCCUUCUAUCGCCAGAAAGAAGAGGAAGCUCAGAGAAUCCAUGAGGAACAGCUCAAGAAAGAGCGGGAAGAGCGUGAACGCUUGGAACAAGAGCAAAGAGAGGAGGAAGAACGCGAAUACCAGGAGCGCUUGCGUAAGCUGGAGGAACAGGAGAGAAAGCAGCGUGCCCGUCAACAGGAAAUUGAGGAGCGUGAACGCCGCAAGGAGGAGGAAAGAAAGGCACCAGAAGAAAAACCCACCAAGGACUGGGGUGAACGGGAAGAAGGAGGCUGGAGGAAGCGAGGUGAGGGUGAUUCAGAAUGGCGACGUCCUGUUGCUGACCGUGAAUGGCGUCAAGAGGAGCGUGAAGGCCGUGAAGACAAUGAUCGAGAAGACCGUGACCGUGAAGUGCCCUUCCGAAGAGGAGGAGAAAGUUCUCGUCGUGGUGGUUCAGAUGACAGAGGACUCCGCCGUGGUUUUGAUGACGAACGAGGUCCGCGCCGAGGAGGUGACGAUGACCGUGGACCUAAACGGGGCUUUGAUGAUGACCGUGGUCCCAGGAGGGGCUUUGACGAUGACCGAGGACCCCGAAGAGGCGAUGACGACCGUGGACCAAGGCGUGGAAUGGAUGACGACCGUGGGCCAAGAAGAGGCUUUGAUGACGACCGUGGGCCCCGUAGAAACAUGGAUGAACCCAGAGGGCCUCGACGUGGGGCAGAUGAUGACUGGGGCCCCAGAAGAGGAGGGGAUGAUGAGAGGGGAGGCCGCAGGGGUAUGGAUGACUCUGGCCCACGUCGUGGAGAUGAUCCUAAACCCUGGAAACCACUUGGGAGACCAGGUGUGAGCUCAGAUGGUGGAUGGAGAGAGCGAGAGAAGGCUCGGGAAGAAAGCUGGGGACCUCCUCGUGAUACUGGCCAUGAUGAUGGUGAGCCUGAGGGAGAUGACCGUCACGAGGGAGAUCGAUUUAGAGAUCGACGCCCUCCCAGGGAAGAAGGGGGUGGCUGGAGAAGAGGUGGUGCUGAGGAGCAGAGCAGUUGGCGUGACUCUCGCCGUGAAGAAUUUGACCGUGAUGAUCGUCGUGAACGCCGUGACGUGAGGGACCGCAGAGAUGACCGUGAUAACAGAGGCCCCCAGAGAGACCCUGAUGAAGGUGGUUCAUGGCGUCGUGGUGGCGAUGAGCGCAAGGACGAAAGAGAAGCUCCUCUCAGACCACAUGACCGGGACCGUGAUGGCGGUGAGAAGAGCACCUGGCGCUCUGACAAAGAUAAGGAAAAUCUGCGCCGGACCAAGAACGAGACGGAUGAUGAUGGCUGGACCACUGUCCGCCGCUAAAGCAUCAAAAUUUUUUUGCUUGAUGUUGUACUAAGCCUUGAUGUGUUCUCUAAUUAGUACAGGUCACUGCUUACAUUAACGUGAAAUACAAGCUUUGCCAUAAAAUUACAACACUUGCAAUGGGUUUUCAAACAUGGCUAUUUAUAUUUCAUCCCUUUUUAAAAACUUACAUUUGAAAAGUAUCUCAUUCCUUUUUGUUAUGCAUGCUUAGAGGAUUCAAUUGGUCACACAAAAUUACGUAGAUGUUUUUUCUUUGAGGUGCGGAUGUUGUAGAACAUGAACGUUUUUGCAUGACGUCUCAUGAAGGUGUGGUUGUGAGGUUUUGAGAUGAAAUCAUCAGGUUAUCUUUACAGCUGUGUCCAUGCUGUAGUUGCUGCUUAUGCUGUGGUCGAAUGCCCUCUAGAAAUAUGAAAAAAAAAAAAACUUUAUUAAUAAAGUCAUUUGCUCAUUAAAUUACCGUAAUUUCAGUUCUUAUACUGCAGAAGACGAUAUGCUUUUUGUGUCUAAUGAAACUGGAAUAAGAAUCCAUGGUUAUGUUAGACUUCAGACCUUAUCAGUAGUUGAUCAUUUUGGCCACUAGGGGUCACCUAAAUCUCGGCAAGGUUUUCUGAAGCUUUAGACGGCUCUCCAUAAAUGAACCAAGAACAAUUGAUUGGAUCCCUCUAAUCUAUUCAUUCUGUUGUUAAUAGAAAAUGAUGGCGUUUAAUACGAUGAUGUUGGUCCUCCUGGGUGAUGCAUUAAAAGGGUUUAGUAAAUAAACUUUGCAGUCUUUGGUGA